AGCAGAGGACGAUCCAUCGCCAUUUAAGAAAUAGGGGCGAACGUAUUGUUCGCCGGUGUGAGACUCAGGACAAUUCAGGAAAGUUACUGACUGAAAAUGUUCUCGCGACAGGUUAGGAGAUUUGUGACCAGCGCUGUUAGAAGAAGCGGGGAUCAACCUGAGGGUUAUCCUGGUGCUAAUCUACCUUUCAGCAUCAAAAACAGAUACGCGUUGACUGCUAAGUUCAUUAUAUUCUUUGGAAGUGGAUUUGCUAUACCAUACCUGAUUGUCCGUCACCAGUUGUUGAAGUGAAUUGUGUAUUCCGGUAUUAACUUUAGUAUAGCCCAAUAAUGAUUAUUGUCAGGAACACUGUAAAGUAUUUGUAAGAAAAGGAUAUUAAACUACUAUGGUUCA